UUUUUUAGGAUUUAUGGGUUGAAGGCUCAUAGUGUAGUUUUUGAGCCCAAGGAUAGAGACGUUGUAACGCUUUUUGAGUUAUUAUGAUGGACAAGGUGGCAGGCCCAUGGACCCUGAAGUCUAUCCUCGUUCUUCAGGUGACCCUUUCUUUUUUGGUGAUAAUACGGGACAAUUUGGUAUCCAUGUGUUUACAGAUUGAAGGCGUUGUCCAUAAAUUUCUGACAGUUGGCUAUGGUGAUCCAGUUUGGCCUGUCAUCUUCAAAUAUAAAAAAAAAAAAAACAGAAAAACAAUGGGGUUGAUGAGCAACUCGCAUUUGCUUCACUGUAGUUGCUGCUUCCAGCUUUCUACAAAAAAGCAAGAAAAAGAAUCAGAGCUACCCAGAAAAUAAAGAGAGCAUUUUGGUAGUGAGAAAUAUUGUUUGGUGAGCUGUGUAUCUCUGUCACAUUUCUUAUUUCUUUAUUCUAUUUGUUUAACAACUUCAAUCACAUGGCUUCCUAAUUCUCACUUACACUUUCCUCCCUGUCUCUCUCUCUUGAUUAUUUUUCAUUUAGGAGAGAUGUGGGAUCAAUCUGAGAAAUCAUGAGUUCUCAUCAAAGAGUUAUUGUCUUCCAUUUAUGGUGGAAAAUUCUUGCACUUGUACUUUUACUUCUUGUAGUCCAAUCUUUUGGACUAAACACAGAUGGUAUUCUUUUGCUUUCUUUGAAAUUCUCUAUUUUAAGUGACCCUCUUCGUGUUCUCGAAAGCUGGAGUUACAAUGAUGAAACUCCUUGUUCUUGGAAUGGAGUUACUUGUGGAGGUCCAGGUUUAGAUGCUACUAGUUUCUCUCGUGUUACUGGUUUAUCUCUCCCUAAUUCUCAACUUCUUGGUUCAAUUCCUGCUGAUCUUGGUAUGAUUGAACACCUUCAAAAUCUUGACCUUUCCAAUAAUUCUCUAAAUGGAUCUUUGCCUUUUUCCCUUUUCAAUGCAACCCAUCUUCGGUUUCUUGAUUUGUCUAAUAAUUUGAUCUCCGGGGAGUUACCUGAAACUGUAGGUCAAUUACAGAACCUUGAGUUUCUUAACCUUUCUGAUAAUGCUAUGGCGGGAACUUUACAUGCUAGUCUCGCUACUCUUCAUAAUCUAACUGUUAUUUCUUUAAAGAACAAUUAUUUCUUCGGUGUUUUGCCUGGUGGGUUUGUAUCAGUUCAAGUUUUAGAUCUUUCUUCAAAUCUUAUUAAUGGAUCUCUGCCACAAGGUUUUGGUGGUAACAGUCUCCAUUACUUGAACAUUUCAUAUAACAGAUUAUCCGGGUCAAUUCCGCAAGAAUUCGCUUCACAAAUUCCAGAUAAUGCCACUAUAGAUCUUUCAUUCAACAAUUUAACAGGUGAAAUUCCAGAUUCUAGCAUUUUCUUGAACCAAAAGAUAACUUCUUAUAACGGAAAUCCUGAUCUUUGUGGCCAACCGACAAGAAACCCAUGUCCAAUUCCAUGUUCACCUUCUUCUCUUCCAAACAUAACUUCUCCUACUUCUCCACCAGCAAUUGCUGCAAUUCCAAAAACAUUAGCCUCUGCACCGGCAACAUCACCACCAAGUCAAGAAACAGAGUCAGAAGGGCUCAGAAAAGGAACCGUUAUAGGAAUCGUACUAGGUGAUAUUGCAGGAGUAGCAAUUCUGGGAAUGAUUUUCUUUUAUGUAUACCAAUUCAAGAAAAGGAAAAAGAAUGUAGAAACAACGACACUCAAGAAUCAAGAAGCAAAUAGUACAGCGAAGGAUCAUGAGUCUUGGUCAUCUUCUUCAUCAGAAUCAAAAGGGUUUACAAGAUGGUCUUGUCUACGCAAUAAAAGAGGAGCAGAUAACGAAGAUGAGUCUGAUUCAACUAGCUCAGAUGACAACAACGACAAUGACCACCCAAAAGUUCAAGAAAACAAUCAAGAACAUCGAGAACAAAGCAGCAAAGGAGGCACAUUAGUGACAGUUGAUGGUGAAAAAGAACUUGAGCUUGAAACAUUACUUAAAGCCUCAGCAUAUAUAUUAGGUGCUACUGGGUCUAGCAUAAUGUACAAAGCAGUUCUUGAAGAUGGGACUUCACUUGCAGUUCGUAGAAUAGGCGAGAAUCAUGUAGAGCGGUUCAGGGACUUCGAGACCCAGGUCCGAGUCAUAGCCAAGUUGGUUCACCCAAAUCUGGUUCGUAUCCGUGGGUUUUAUUGGGGUGCCGAUGAGAAGCUCAUUAUCUAUGACUUUGUCCCUAAUGGCAGCCUUGCCAGUGCUCGUUACAGAAAAGUGGGCUCAUCACCAUGCCAUUUACCAUGGGAGGCCCGACUCAAGAUUGCUAAAGGUGUGGCCCGUGGGCUUUCUUACCUUCAUGAUAAGAAGCAAGUGCAUGGAAACUUAAAGCCCAGUAAUAUUCUUUUGGGUUCUGAUAUGGAGCCUAGAAUUGGAGAUUUUGGGCUGGAGAGGCUCGUGACUGGUGACUCAAGCUCGAAAGCCGGAGGAUCCACUCGAAAUUUUGGGAGCAAGAGAUCGUCGGCCUCGCGAGAUAGCUUCCAGGAAUUUUCGAUUGGGCCUAGCCCAAGCCCAAGUCCAAGUCCUAGUUUGAUCGGAGGUUUAUCCCCUUACCAUGCUCCGGAGUCGCUGAGAAGCCUGAAGCCCAACCCAAAGUGGGAUGUGUUCUCGUUUGGGGUUAUAUUACUAGAACUACUAACGGGGAAGGUUAUAGUUGUGGAUGAGUUGGGACAAGGAAGCAAUGGGAUUACAGUUGAUGAUAAGAGCCGAGCGAUAAGGAUGGCUGAUGUGGCGAUCCGGGCUGAUGUAGAGGGUAAAGAGGAGGCCUUGCUGCCUUGCUUUAAGGUAGGGUACAGUUGUGCCUCUCCAGUCCCGCAGAAAAGGCCAACAAUGAAAGAAAUUUUACAAGUUCUAGAGAAAAUUCCAUCUAAAUCAUCCUCAUACAUGUAUGGUCACUAGUGAAUAAUAACGAUAAAAUUGGACCAGCAACUAUGUAGAGAGAGAGAGAGAGUUUGUAUCAUUUGACUUAUAGGUGGUUGUUUAUGUCAAUGUUGUUGUAAUUGCUUGAUAUCAUUGGUAUAAUUUUGUGUUACUAAUCUUUCACAUUUGCUAA